UAAUUUCCCUUAAAAGGUUCGGGCCCACAUUGAGAAAACCUUUGAUGGGGGUCUCGUGCAACUAGAAGUUCGACGGGUUCAUCUCCUUUUAAUCAAGUUACGAUCACAAGCUAAACGUUGCGGAGAAUAUUUGGCCCCCCAACAACUGGUCUCCAUCUCUAUGACGAUAUAUUUUAUGGGAGCGUCCUGCUUCAUAUUUGUCUCCGUGCUAAGCGAUCAACCAGUUUGGGACGCUUCGUGGUUGUGGAUCACAACUAGCAUGACGGGGGCAUGGGUGGCGUAUGGAAUGAGUCGACUCUAUGUAAAAAUUUGCAUGGCCGUGUCAAUAACUAAGGAGGAAGCGCAGAUUGCGUCCCUACUGAAAUCGGAGGGUCUAAAGAUGAAAUUUGGAACAGAUUACUAUUCCACUGAGUUGCGUGAAGUUCACACUUUGCUGACAACUCAUCCUACAGAAGUGUCCUUUAACAAUUACGUGACAUUGAAUAGCUCGUUAAUUUUGGGGGUAAGGUAA